CCUCACGCCCACUGGACAGUAAGAGCGCGGUCGGGAAACGGAAGGAAUCGCAGUAGCAGGAAACUCGGUGGCACUUUCGGCGCUGCUGCUCUGCAUGACCACAGGGUGACGGUCGCCUCUUCAGGAAUACACACACACACACACACACACACACCACCACCACCAGGAAAUCAUAGUUCAAAGUGACCGCCCGGGCACGCCUUCACCUCCACUGUUGUAAUUCCAGGCUGAGGAGACGAGGGGUGAUGGAUUGCCCUUCAGAUCUUUUCCAGCAGCAGCCAUCCCAGGUGUGCCACUUUGAUCUGUACCACAGUCCACCAGAGUCCACCUCUACUGGCCCCAUCAUUUCUCCUCUUUUGCACCCCAACAGUGCCUCCCAGAGGUGGGGCGGAUAUAGGCAGGGACAGUGCUUAUUCUCUGAACUGCCAUCACAGGAGGAGGAACAGGAGGUGGAAGCGGACAGGUUUGGAAGAAAAUCAGCUACAGGAGGAACCCCGAUUCCGCAGUACCGACUUGGCGAUAGGAGAAGAAGUUCUGGUGACUGGAGUCAGGACCUUCUGAGAGUGAAGCAACUUAGAGUGGACAGUACUGUAAAAAGAGAAGGAGAGACGGAAAGAGAUGGGCAUAGGGGUAGGAGGAGUGUAGCUCAACUGGUAAGUGCAGAGAAGAGCGCCGAGGAAAGAGGGCGGAGGAAGGAGAGCAGGGAGGGGAGACAGCGGCAACGGCGUGAGCUGAAACUCCAGUUAGAGGAAACCAGAGGGAAGCUUCUAGAGCUUCAGCGCAAAGUGUGGCAAGUAUAUGGAGAGCAUCAUGUUGAAGAAGAGAAAGGAGGAGAAGGAGAUGAUGGAGUGAUGGACGAGACAGCCGAGAUGUUCUCUGAAGGAGAAGCAGAUGAUCAUCUCGGCAGUGGGCUGUAUCCUCCUAAUGAAAAAAAGCAUGAAAGUACAGGGAAUGAGAAUUCUGAGGUGUUUCCUGAAACCCCUGUGGAUCUGGAUCUUGACAUGGAACUUGAUGGAGGUGGAGUGUGGCUAGGCUGCAGUCUGGUGCAAGGGGAGUGGGAGAAUGUAGGUGGCAGCGAGAAAUUUGCUCAGGCUCUAAAGCAGGAGCUGUCCAGCGCAGUAGCUCGAGUAAUUGACAGGGUUCUCCAUCUCUAUGCUGAAACUAACCAAACACCGCCAUCCACUACAGUGCUAUCCCAGGAGAUUGCCACUAGUAGGGCAAUAGACCCAAACCCAGACAAAAAGCAAAGGCCUGGGGUGGCUGCCAAUAUGACAGAACAAGCUGAAGCACUGCCACUGGUUGCAAAGAGACCUCAAGAGAAAAGACACCCCCUAAUUCAAGGUAGACAAAAGAACCUCCUGAUGCCUCAGGCUAAUGCCAGCUUACCCCUUUUACCCCAGCCUCAUCUUUCUGCCCUCUUACCACCAAGGAGCAAAGACUCCUUCUUGCCAUCCUGCCCUCCAAAUCCUCCUCCGCUGCCCCUGCCUCUUCUCCACUACACCAUGCAGCACCUCUUUACUCGUUCUCUUUCUAGUAUGCCGCUCCACAAAGACGGCCUCUCCAAUGAACCCUUCAUGGACUUUCGCUCACACAACCCCUCAUUCCCUCCCCUGCCUCUGCUUGGCCAGUUAAACCCACCUCUUUCUGAUAGAGGGAGAGAUGAGGGGAUGAGAGUAGGAAUUGAUGGAGGAGAUUCAGCUCUCUAUCUUGGCCCUGGGGCAUCUCAGGAGGGUCUCUCACCAUGCCAUCUGAAGAAAGCCAAGCUAAUGUUCUUCUACACACGCUACCCCAGCUCCAACACACUCAAGACGUACUUCCCUGAUGUCAAGUUUAACCGCUGCGUCACCUCUCAGCUCAUUAAGUGGUUUAGUAACUUCCGGGAGUUCUUCUACAUUCAGAUGGAGCGCUUUGCGCGUCAGGCAGCUCGUGAGGGUCCUGUCACAGCCAGAGAGAGGGGACUGCGUCUGAGCCGAAACUCUGAGCUCUUUCGCAUUCUGAACAUGCACUACAACAAGAGCAAUGACUACCAGGUCCCGGACAGGUUUGUGGAGGUGUCUGAAGUGGCACUACGGGAGUUCUUCACCGCUAUCCAGAGUGGACGCGAUGCUGACCCCUGCUGGAAAAAGUCCAUCUACAAAAUCAUCUGCAAACUCGACAGCCCUGUGCCUGACAGCUUCCGCUUGCCAGGCUGCCCCAUGGAUUCACACCGAAUGGUCUAAAGAUGUUCAUGAGCAUUCUCUCUCUCUCUCUUUCUCUCUCUCUCUCUCUCUCUCUCUCUCUCUCUCUCUCUCUCUCUCUAUAUAUAUAUAUAUCCUACACACACACACACACACACACAUCCUAUUUUAAGGAUUAAUGUGGAUGAAUACACAAACACAUUGACCAAAUGGAUUGGAGUGCGCAUAAACAUAGUUCAGUUCAGAUUAUCUGACAAAAGCAUAUGUACAUUCAAACACAUUACAUGCCAAAAGUUUGAAAGCAAACCUUUCCAGAAUUAAUCAUGAUUCCACCCCCCACCCUGCAAAAAAAAUUUCCGAGCAUAAUGUGUUUUUAAGGCAAAAAAAUAUAUUCAGUAAUGCAGUAAAGCAUUUUCCAUUUAAAAUGGAGUUUUACUGCAAUCAUAUAUAUGUGAGCUCACAUUCAGAUGCUCCUGAAAAUCUGAUUUCAGGUAUGUUAAAUUAGGACUAAAUAGUUCAAUUAGUGAGUGUUAAAAUUCAAAGGCCAUGAAUACCAGGCUUUUUAAAUAUAGCAUGUUAAAACAUGAGCUCAUCAAUGCAAAGACAAUGUGUCAUUAUACAUGUUGUGCUGUGCUUGCUUCCGCACUUUUGGCCUGUAGUGUAUACAUAUACCUGCUGAAAUAUCACAUAUACCAUUUGUAUAAACUGAAAGUGAAUUCAUGGUGAUUUUUUUGCCUUCCGGAUUUAAGAGACAGAAAUACAUAUGGCACAAAUGGUGAAGUCGGUGGCCUUUUCGAAUGUAUAAACUCUAAACAGGUCAUUGACAGGCAUUUUGGAAUUUUGGCUAUACUGUUCCAGAGUUAUAAGCAUUAUUUGAAGAUAUUUAAAAGGCUUUUUCUAUUUAACAUGCUAAAACCUUAUUUACAUGUAUUUAUCAAGAAAACGACAAGAAAACAACCGUGGCCCUUGGUGUGGUUCAGUGUAAUUUUAUAUUCAAUUUGCUUAUUUGUCAUAAUGUUUGAAAUGAUGUGGCUAUUUCAUAAGACAUUGAGUGUACAAAAGUGAAUUUUGAUGUGAUAGUACUACUUGUAAUUAAACGUGAAACUUCAAGCACUUA